CGCUCGCGUUUCUGCUAGCUGCACGUAAAGCUUGGGCUGCGCUUGAAUUAUAAAUGAAAAGCUGAACAAAAAACAUUUUGAGCGCAGUUUGCACAAAGUAAUAAUUGUUGUCAGUAUAUUGAAUUGUGCGGUGUGUAAAUUUAGCAAAUAGUAAAUAAUUAAUGCUGUAUAAAUUAAAACAAAUGCUGUGAAGUGUUGCAAAUGUGUAAAUAUCGACAUAAAUAAAACAAUUUUCGAAAUUCUUAAAUAAAACCACAAAUAUAACAACUGAAUUGAAUCAAAAUGCCAAAUGCCACGGAAAUAACAACAAAUGGCACUGACUCCAGAAAGCCAUUCAAAGUCAAGGACGUCACGCGCAACAUUAAAAAAGCCGUCUGCGCCGCAAGCCUAGAGGAGAUACGCACCAAGGUGGCCGAGAAAUUUGACAAGUGCGAACAACAGCCAACCAUCCACUUGGACUCCGAUGGCACCGAAAUCGAUGAUGAGGAAUAUUUUCGUACACUCGAUGAGAACACUGAGUUGGUGGCUGUGUUUCCCGGCGAGCAUUGGAUCGAUCCCACUCAUUACGUGACUAUAACCACGCCGAAUGCCACGGCCAACGGCAGCAUCACUGGCAAUCCGGAGAGCGGCGAUACCACGGAUGCCAACAACUCGGAAUCGGCGCGUAUUCGCCAGCUGGUUGGCCAGCUGCAGAAUAACUUGUGCAACGUCUCGGUCAUGAACGAUGCUGACUUGGACUCGCUGUCCAACAUGGAUCCCAACUCGUUGGUGGAUAUAACUGGCAAGGAAUUUAUGGAGCAGCUCAAGGAUGCGGGCAGACCGCUUUGUGCCAAACGCAAUGCUGAGGAUCGCCUGAACUUGUUGAAACUGCUGAAGGCUGGCGCCAUUUUCUGCUCGGAACGCUAUCCGGAAGAUGCGGAGGCCAUUGAUCGCGAGAUUGGGCGGCAGCUGAACGAGGCGGAGAGCGGCCAGGUGACCACAACAAAUGCCAGCAACACGCGUACCAUUGAGGUGGUGCAGUGCGACAAUCAGAAUACCACCAUUACCAUAACCGUUGCCGAGGCCACAACCACAUGCAGCGCCGCCGAGGCGUCGGCCGAAAUCAACGAGGUCAAUGCCAAUUCGAACGGUAAUGGUGAUAUCUGACUGCCCAUUUUGGGCAGCCUUAGAUGAAGCCUGGCUGCCAAGGAGUAGCCAAAUUAAGGCAGUUUUUAUCAAACGUUGUUUCACGCAAAUCAAAAUGCAAACGAACCGAAGAAUCAGUCCUGCAACAUUGGGUUAACAUACACGUAUUUGUAGCAUAUACUUAGGAGCUGCGAAAUGCCAAAUGAACAAAAUACAAAAAUCGAAAUCUUGAAACGUAACGAAAUCUUCAGACAUGCUUCAUAGAAUUUAAGAGCAAAUGAAAGUUAACGAAAUAUUACAUGUACUAGCAUAAAAUCAUAAAUAUCGAAAAGUUGUAAAGCCAACAUGCUGAAAGUCUGCAAAGUUUCGCCUGCAAACUUUUGGACAUAAUUUAAAGAUUGUAAAGUUUAAACAUGAAUUCAGUAGUCCUCUUGAAAUCUAUACUCUACAAACAAUUUAAAAGAUGAUAAUGCAUUGACAGUUGACAGCAAUUUCUCACAGUUAAAGAAGCCUUUUUACUUAGACCAGAUUUUAAAAUUCUAUCCGAUUCUGAGCAACUCUGAAAGUAAUAUAUAUUUCGCUUGAUAUAGGAGUGGGAAAACUUCCAUUAAUAAAGUAAGUUUAGCUAG